GGAGCUUCAUGGACACAAGAAGAUACACGAAGAAAAGCAUGAAGAGCGUGUUGCAGGAACUGGUUGCUGGGAAAGCACUUAUCUUUAUCAUUGUGGUAGGAUUGGGAGGAUCUUUUCAAAAUGGAUAUCAUCUCACAGCAAUAAGCUCUCCAUCUCCAUACAUUCAGAGCUUUAUUAACAGCAGCUGGACGUAUCACUACGGGGAUGUUCCAGGAGAGAAGACUGUCACCUUUAUCUGGUCCACUGUGGUGGCUCUAUACGCUUUAGGAGGUCUCAUUGGCUCAAUUACUGUCAGACACUUAACCAGUCUCCUGGGAAGAAAAGGAGCCAUGCUGUUGAAUAGUGCCAUAACAGUUGUGCCCACAGUAAUCAUGUAUAUUAGCAAACCUACAUACUCAUUCGAGUUGAUACUUGUAGCACGCUUUCUAUUUGGAUUCGGAGCAGGGCUGGGUUUGAAUUUACAUACCAUCUACCUUGGUGAGAGUUCACCGAAAAAAAUCCGAGGCAUGGUGACCGUCACAGUCACUACCUUUAUGUCCCUUGGUAAACUAUUAGGACAAUUUGUUGGCCUCAGGGAAAUUCUUGGCCGUGAAGAGUGCUGGAACGUUCUUCUAUGCAUCCCAGGGUUUUUUUGUGUGGUCCAGCUGGCAAUCUUGCCAUUCUUCCCUGAUUCUCCACGAUAUGUUCUGAUAGAGAAAGGCAACAUCAAACAGUGCAGAAAAGCACUGCAGUGUCUGUGGGGACCAGGCGAUUAUAAGUUGGACAUAGAGGAGAUGUUAGCAGAACAGGCAGUCAUUGGAGAGCAGUGUAACAAGAGUGUGCUGGAUCUGCUGAGAGACAAGCAUCUGCACUGGCAGGUCCUUUCCAUGCUGGUCAUAAACGGAUGCAUCCAGUUCGGCGGCACCUCUGCUAUCACCGUAUUCUCUUUCAGCAUCUUUUUGGAAGCGGGUAUUCCAAUGGACAAGAUCCGUUAUGUCACUCUGGGCAUAGGAGCAUCAGAAGUCCUCAUCUCCAUAACCUGUGGGCUGUUUAUUGAGCGUGUAGGGAGGAGAGCCAUGAUGUGGCGAGGGUUUGGGGGAAUGUCAGCCAUUAUGGUAUUAAUCACUGUCACAAUGUACCUAAAGGACUACAGCUCUGUGAUUCCAUACAUCACUGUCAUCCUGAUUUUCCUGUUCUUUAUUUUCUUUGGGGGAGGCCCAGCUGCAAUAACUCCAUCACUCGCCAACGAGAUCUUCAUCCAGUCAUACCGCCCGGCUGCAUUUGUGUUUAUCGGCUUCCUGCGCUGGCUGCUAUUCACAAUAUUUGGAUUCCUCUUCCCAUUCCUUAUUGCCACUCUGAAGUCUCUUAGCUUUGUUCUCUUCUCCUGCGUUGGUCUGAUAGCCGCUCUCUACGUCUUCUUCAUCCUUCCUGAAACAAAAGGCAAAACUCUCCUUGAGAUUUCCCAAGAGUUUGAGAACAUCAGAGUGUGUGGAUCCUCCACGGAAGAGGUCUUGUGCUUAGAGACCAAGCUGUAAACUAUACUGAUGUAAAUAUGGACUAGAUGUGGACAGGCACAAGAACUAUUAAAUUAUCAUAUUUAUCAACAUUAUAUUUAUAAAGACAGACUGCUUGAUGAUAGUACAUUAUCCUACUUGAUAUAGCAAUAAAUAAAUAAAUGCACUUGAAAUAUUGAUUUUAGUUCAUCUGUGAGAAGAAAACCGUGGAGAAAACCGGUAGCAGUAAGUUUCAAUAGAUUUUUGUGACCAGAUAGCUGUUUACCAAAGACACUAUAAUAAACUAGUUUUUUGUUGGAUGAAUAAAUGUGAAAUAUG